AUGCUGCCGGCUCUGCUUAUUCUGUCUUUCGUGCCAAUGGCAGCUGCUCUCGGAUCAGUCCAAGCUGUUGGUGUCAGGGGAGUUCUGAUAUGUCACGAUAAACCGGCUGCUGGUGUGCAAGUCAAGCUCUACGAUGAAGAUAAGCUGAGCCCCGACGAGUUUAUGGCAGGAGGAAAGACUGACAGCAGUGGUCAUUUCGAAAUCAGUGGACAUGCAAGCGAGUUCACAUCGAUAGAACCGAAACUCAACAUCUAUCACGACUGUGAUGACGGCAUCAUGGUCCUUAUAAGACGUAAUAAAUUCCUAGUGAGCCCCGACGAGUUUAUGGCAGGAGGAAAGACUGACAGCAGUGGUCAUUUCGAAAUCAGUGGACAUGCAAGCGAGUUCACAUCGAUAGAACCGAAACUCAACAUCUACCACGACUGUGAUGAUGGAAUCAAGCCCUGCCAACGUAAGCUCUCCAUCCACAUUCCAGGCGACUACAUAAGCAGUGGAGAGGUAGCAAAGAAAUUCUUCGACUUCGGCACUUUCCAACUGGCCGGCAAGUAUGCGGGUGAAACCCGAGAUUGUAUCCACAGAGUUUAG